UAUGCGUAAUUAGAUGUCUCUUGUACAGUGAUAGGUUAUCUGUGUAAUUGUUUUUCGUUGGAUCUUGCACUUUGACCGAGGAACUGUGAUUUUACUUCAGUUUUGGUUUUUGAGUUAUAAUAAUGUUUUCGAAAACAUCUCGCCAAAUUACUGCACAGUUCAGCCAGUUGAAAAGGCUGCAGAGCACUUUGAUCAUAGCUGAGCACGACAACAACGGCCUACUACCCAUAACUCAAAAUGCCAUCACCGCUGCCAAAAAGCUUGGAGGAGACAUUUCUGUACUUGUAGCUGGAACAAAAUGUGGACCUGCAUCCCAAGCCGUGGCGAAAGCCAGCGGAGUCUCCAAAGUCCUCGUCGCCGAGGGUGAGGCCUUCAAGGGCUUCACUGCCGAAAGCUUAACACCCCUCAUCUUGGCUGCCCAAAAGAAAAACAACUACACUCACAUUGUAGCUGGUGCUUCGGCCUUUGGAAAAGCCCUGCUACCCAGAGUGGCUGCCAAAUUGGACGUCUCCCCCGUUUCUGACGUAAUCGGCAUCAAAUCAGCUGAUACUUUCGUCCGCAGCAUCUAUGCAGGCAAUGCCAUCCAAACAUUGACUGCCAAGGAUGCAGUUAAGGUUUUGAGUGUGAGAGGUACGAGCUUUGAAGCUGACAAAUUGGAGGGUGGCUCAGCCGCCACUGAGACCCUCCCUGCUGAUGGCUGUGCCACUGACUUGACGGUCUUCCUCAGCCAGGAAUUGAGCAAGUCCGACAGGCCUGAGCUCACCAGUGCCAAAGUUGUUGUUUCUGGAGGACGUGGUCUGAAGUCUGGGGAUAACUUCAAGCUCUUGUACGAUCUUGCUGACAAGCUUAAGGCUGCAGUUGGUGCCUCCCGUGCUGCUGUGGAUGCCGGUUUCGUUCCGAAUGAUCUACAAGUUGGUCAAACCGGAAAGAUCGUUGCUCCCGAUCUAUACAUUGCUGUUGGUAUUUCUGGUGCCAUCCAACAUUUGGCUGGUAUGAAGGAUAGUAAAACUAUUGUAGCCAUCAAUAAGGACCCUGAGGCGCCUAUUUUCCAAGUCGCCGAUUAUGGUUUGGUCGCUGAUUUGUUCAAGGCAGUUCCUGAACUUACUGGAAAAUUGUAAAUACUUUUGUUGAUUUGUAGUCCAAUAUAUAUUUUUACAGUUUUUUGAAAUAUUUAUAUUAAACGAAUUUUAUUACAUAA